CUCUGCCGGGCGCCGGGGCAGGAAGGGCUGUGGCCGCCGUGCCAUUCUUAAAGGGGCCCGAGAGAAGGCGACAGGCGGCUGACGGCCGGAAGGAAAAUGAGUGAGUCUUUGGUGGUUUGUGAUGUUGCUGAAGAUUUAGUGGAAAAGCUGAGAAAGUUUCGUUUUCGCAAAGAAACAAACAAUGCUGCCAUUAUAAUGAAAAUUGACAAGGAUAAACGCCUGGUGGUACUGGAUGAGGAGCUUGAGGGCAUUUCACCAGAUGAACUUAAAGAUGAACUACCUGAACGACAACCUCGUUUCAUUGUGUAUAGUUAUAAAUAUCAACAUGAUGAUGGAAGAGUUUCAUAUCCUCUGUGCUUUAUUUUCUCCAGUCCCGUUGGAUGUAAGCCUGAACAACAGAUGAUGUAUGCUGGGAGUAAGAAUAAGCUAGUCCAAACAGCUGAACUAACCAAGGUAUUCGAAAUAAGAAAUACUGAAGACCUAACUGAAGAAUGGUUACGUGAGAAACUUGGAUUUUUCCACUAAUGUGAACUUCUGUGUUUCUAAAGUAUUUAUGAUUAACCUGACCAUACUGGAACCAGACAUAAAUACUUAUUUAUGCCUAAAAAUGCACCAUUACUUU